ACGUCAAUAACAAUUAAUAAAUAACAAAAUAAUAAAAUACUAAAAUAGUAUGUACAUAAUACAUAUGUACAAAAUUUGAGUUUAAUUUAACAAAGUUUGAUAUUAUAUAUUUCAUAAAGUAUUUGUUUCCUAAGCAUGAAACUUCGUGAGAUUGAUCAAGAUAAUAAGUACUGUGCACAAUAAAAAAAUAAGUCUACUACGGAUCUCGUAUAUGAAAGACGAGCCCAUAAUAAAUUACUAAGGAAGAUUUAAUUUCUUCUAUGAACCUGAUGCCCGGAUGCGUCCCACAUUAAUUUAAUAAUGCAAAAACUUACCAGUCUGGACCAUACUUUAUUAACUAAAAGUGUAAUAAAAACACUUGCCUAUAAUAACAUUACAACUGUUUUUGAAUUUCUUCAACAAGAUGCAGAAAAGUUAUCGACACUUACUAAAUUAAAUUUGUGCCAGAUAUUAGAUAUACGGAAUAACAUUUUCACGAAAUAUUCCGCACCUUUAGUCGACGGUCUUUUUUUAUUAUCAAAGAGUGCAACCAAAAAAAGAUAUAUUGAUAUAGGAAUAGAAAGGUUAUAAUAUAUGUAUAAAGGUGUUAUAUUAAAUUGAAACUGUUGUUUUAGUAUGUAACAUAAAAUUUAUAUUUACAGUUUAAAUGUUGUUUUGGGAGGAGGAAUCCCUGUUGGAUACAUUACAGAAUUAUGUGGUCUAGCUGGAUCUGGAAAGACACAAUUAGGUUUUCAAUUGGUGGUUAAUUGUGUGAGAGAAACUGAAAAUACGAUACUAUUUAUUGAUACUAAGGGAGAUUUUGAUGCAGUUAGAAUUCAGAAAAUUUUAGAUAAUCUAGGUUGUUCACAUCAGGAAAUGGCAAGAGCUCUUUUUAAAAUAAAAAUAGUACAGAUAUGGACUAUGGAGGAAUUAAUUGAAUUGUUCAAGAAAUUAAAAAAUAAAUCUGUAAACAUUGAAAAUUUAGCAAUGAUAAUUAUUGAUUCCUUACCAUGCUUGAUGUUUCAACAUUUUGGAGAUGAUAACAAAAUAGGUUUGACUUAUAUGAACAUAUUUGUUAAUUAUUGUCGCUACUUGUGCAAAAAUCAUGACAUUGGUGUUUUGUGCAUUAAUAUACAAACAAGAUGGGUAGAGCAGGAUAUAACAGAUUAUAUAGAUGGAAAAGACCAAACAUAUGUAGAAAAACAAAACCGUUGCUUAGGAAAGUAUUGGCAACACAUUCCUGCAGUUAUUAUUCUCAUUGAAAGGUUGAAAUUAGAUAAGCCAAUUAAUGUGAGGAAUGAUGGUUUUCACGUGAAAGCAACAGUUGUUAGAUCUAAUGAAAUAAAACUAGAACAGCAUUGUAUAUUAACUGUGGAUAGUUUGGGUGUAAGAUAAAAUAUAAACAUACAAACAUGCAAACACUCAAAAUGUUAUUAACUCUAGUAAUUAUUGUGGAAUUACUAAAAUAUGUCAGUUAUUUUAAAAUAUAGAUAGUAAGAAAUAAUUAUAUAACUCAAUAAUUUUUUUUUAAACAAAACAAUAAAUUUAAAACUUAAAAAAGUAUCCAUAUUCUAUGAAGGAGUCAGAGUAGGGUAGAAUUGGUGCUUCUGCAUCACUUGUUUUUGCUUCGCUGAAAGCCCCAAUUUUCUUGAGUAGAGGUUCCACUUCAUUGUUAAAAUGCAAUGUGGUACAAAAAAAAACAGUUAUUUUAGUAAUACUAAUUGUUGCUGGUUUGAAUCUAUUUUUUUUUCUCCUCGAACACAGAGAUAUUUUAAAUUAAAAGAUGAAGUUUCAUUUACAUAUAUUUUAUUGAAAAUCAAACAAGCACUUUGUUUUCAAAACACCAUUUCUUAACACUGAAAAUAUUUUUAACGCAGUUUACAGUAAAGUAUCUUUAAAGUUCACAAAGAGUAUUUAAAUUGGGAGGUUCUAAGCAAUUUAUAUAUAUGAUAGUAUUAUUUUCAUCACAAAGAUCUUGUAACCAUUUUAUUUUUUUCACAUCCUUUUAAAAAAAAAUUAUGGCUUAGCUUUCCAUUGACUCCCGUCGAGUUGGGGGUUGAUACGAAUUUUUACAGAAAAGUUACACUAUAUUAUAAGCACACGCACAAAGUUAGAACAUCCGGAAACGCGUAAUUUUUGAGAAAAAAGUUGUUGAAAGUCAAUUAUGGUACGACUUUCCAUUGACUCAUCGAGUUGGGGGUUGAUACGUAUUUUUACAGAAAAGUUACACUAUUAUAAGCACACACACAAAGUUACAAUAUGCGGAAGCGCGUAAUUUUUGAGAAAAAAGUUAUUGAAAAUCAAUUAUUCUUACAUUGUUUAUGUCUAAUCCUACAAUAAAAUAGAGAUGAGUCGUUUUUUUCGCAACCUGUUACAGCAACAGGUUGCGUCGAAAAUAAAAAUGUAACCUGUUGCGACAAAUCGCGCAAUAGGUUGUUUCAGUAACGUCCAAGAAUUAAAUGUUUUUGCAGAAAUAUAGGUUGCGCACUGCUAUUAUCGAUAAAGCAGCCGGUUAGUUGUGAGCAACUGUUAGGUAACAGUAACAGCUUGGCAGUUACGUACUGUUUUAUCCACACAGUUGUUGUUAGUUACUGUGUUAUGGUUGCUUACGAACUGAAGAUAUUCGGGCGAUGUUAUGCGUCCUUCAAAUAUGAAUUUGAAUUAGUCCGUUGACAACUAUUGUUUAUGAUACGUUGUUCGAGUUUCGAAAUAAAAGUAAUAGUAUUUAAAACUUUCAAAGUGCGUUUUGCUUAAAUGUUAUUGUGUUAUUGUUUAGUUUACUUUAUUUUUUUUGCAUGUGUUUAUUUGUUUUGCUUGCAUGACGAUAUAAUUUAUAAAGCUUUGGUGUUGGAAACUAAUAAACUGUAUAAAAUAUAAAAUGUCUCGAAAAACCAGUGAUAUUUGGAAACAUUUUAGCAUUGGAGACAAUGUGGCAAAAAUUGCAACUUGUAAUAUAUGUCAAAAUGCGGUAUCAUACAAAUCUACCAUAACAAAUUUAAAAUUACAUUUAAAGCGUAAGCAUGUGUCUGUAUUUUAUACAUUAAGCCAACCUGAUACUAAUAUUGCUUCACAAGCUACAUUAACAAAUGACAAAACGGUGAGUGUGACAAAAGCCAAAAGUCAUCAAAAAUGAUUAUUACAUUAUCAAUUCAAUUUUUUAAUCUACGUAUAUAAUCUUUUUAUAGAGUAGGCUGACAAACAAGCAAACAGUCCACCUGAUGGUAAGUGGAUGCUGUGACCCACAGGUAUCUACAUUUAUAUUAAAAUGUCUACUUUUACGUCGUUGUUUAAAAAUCGAUAAGAUAUCAAGAGAAAAAUUUAUUUAAUAUCUAUUAUUUUUAAAAAAAGCUUUAAAUUCAAGUAAUAAAUAAUUGACAUUUUUUAUAUCCCUAGAUAAAUGUGACAAAUCCAGAACAUGCUAUAGCAUCAGCGUUAACAAUAAAUUCUACCGCUACGAUUUCUGACGCUAUUAGCUCCGGCUCUUCAGCGCAAAAACGGCAAAGAACAAUGGCAUCAUAUAUUCCAAAAAAAAUGAGUAUGCAAGAAAGUAAACUGAUAGAUGAAGCCUUGUUACAUCUUUUCAUUUGGGAUUAUUAGCCGUUGAGUAUAGUGGAAGAUAAAGGAUUUUUAAAAUAUACAAAUGCUUUAAAUCCUUCGUACAAACCACCUAGUCGGAAAACAAUAUCAGCCAGUUUGAUACCAUCGGCUUACACCGCCUGCAGGGAGAAAUUAAUGAAAGAAGUACAGCGAGAAGCUAUGAGUGUAUGCCUCACAACUGAUACGUGGACUUCUUCCGUAAAUGAUAGUUACAUAGCAAUAACCAUACAUUACACUACAUUAGAAUUAGAAUUCAAAACGGUACUUUUAGAAAGUGCUCACUAUAGUGAAAAACAUACAGGUGAACUACUAGCUAGCCAAUUAAAAAACACGAUUGAAGCCUGGGGCUUGACCGGAAAAGUAGUACUGGCAAUAACGGACAAUGCAAAAAAUAUUGUAAAUGCCAUUAAUUUGUUAGGCUGGAAGCAUUUUGGAUGUUAUGCUCACACCUUAAAUUUAGUUGUUGAUGAUGCAUUAAAAAUUGUUAAAGAUACUUUAGAAAAAAUAAAAAAUAUAGUAUCAUAUUUUAAGAGAAGUUCAUCUGCAACAGAUAGAUUGAUAAAAUAUCAAGUUCAACAACAGAUUAAUAUACCCAAAAAACUCAAGCAAUCUAUACCUACUCGUUGGAAUUCAACAUUUUUCAUGUUGCAGCGCUUUGUAGAGUUGGAAGAAGCAGUGCGGGCCACUUUGGCCCUGGUGCAAAGAGAUUUUGAUGAGUCUCUAUCUGAAGACGAUUGGAUUAUAUGCACGCAACUUACCACUAUUUUAAAGCCAUUUGAGCAAGCAACGGCCAAAAUGAGUGGAGAAAAAUACACCACCGCCAGUAUGGCGAUAGUUGUAACGCGUGGUUUACAUAACGUGUGUGAAAAUUUGCUUAAAAACCAAUACAAGCCUGUCAUUAGCAAUGUGCUACUGAAACUAAAAGAGGGACUUUCAAUGAGAUUCAAUAACAUUGAAUACCAUAAAGAGUUGGCUAUGAGCACACUUUUAGAUCCGAGAUUUAAAAUGAGUGGCUUUAGUGAUAAAUGUGCGACAGAUCAUUCCAAAAAAAGAGCCAUUGAUAUGGUUGCUACUAUGAUCGGCAACUCUGUUGUUACACAUUAUCCCACCACUUCUAAUGAGCCAUCGCAACCUGGCUGUUCAAAAGAGAUAUCCAUAUGGGACGACUUUGAUCGGGAAGUUAAUAAUUUACAGCCAAGAAGCUCACCUAUGGCAAAAGCGAUUACGGAAAUAGGAGCAUAUCUAGAAGAUGCAUUAUUGCCCCGAAACUCCGAAGACACACCCCUUGAAUGGUGGAAAAACAAUCGCCAUCUUUAUCCAACACUAUGCAAGUUAUUUAUUAAAAGGGGCAAUUUCCUGGCUACCAGUGUGCCUUGUGAACGAAUAUUUUCGAAAGCUGGGUACAUUAUUAAUGACAGAAGGACCCGAUUAACCAGUGAAAAGGUUCGCCAAUUGGUGUUUUUAAAUAUUAAUAAAACUUAAAAAUAUUGCUGCUAU